AUGAGCUGAGGAUACACCGGCUCUUUCUUCACACGUUUGAAUGUUGCCUUUUCUGUUGUUCCAGAUCAUUUCUCUCCUCACGAUUUCAAUUAGAUGAAAUGGCAACACUAGAACUAUACAGCAAGGGAGCGAGUGUGUGGAUUCCUGACCCAGAUGCAGUCUGGGUUUCAGCCCAGCUCCUCCAGGACUACACUCCUGGAGUGAAACAUCUGCAGCUUCAGCUCUCUAAUGGAAAGGAGGUUCAUUGCGCAGUGGGCUCUCCCUCUGAUCUCCCACCACUGGGGAAUCCUGACAUCCUGGAGGGGGAAAAUGAUCUCACAGCUCUCAGCUUCCUCCAUGAGCCGGCUGUCCUGCACAACCUGCGGGUUCGGUUCCUGGACUACAGCAGCAUUUACACCUACUGUGGUAUUGUUUUAGUGGCCAUCAACCCCUACGACCAGCUCCACAUAUAUGGCGAGGAGGUGAUAGACGCCUACAGUGGUCAGGACAUGGCUGAAAUGGAACCUCACAUCUUCUCAGUGGCAGAGGAAGCUUACCGCACUAUGACCAGAGAGGAGAAGAACCAGUCCAUCAUCAUCAGUGGAGAGUCCGGCUCAGGGAAAACUGUCUCUGCCAAAUUCACCAUGCGAUACUUUGCCGUGGUCGGAGGAGCAGCACAGCAGACCAGUGUGGAGGAGAGAGUUCUCGCUUCAAACCCCAUCAUGGAGUCUAUUGGGAACGCUAAAACUACCCGAAAUGACAACAGCAGUCGUUUUGGGAAAUACAUUGAGAUUGGCUUUGGCAGAAAGGGCGACAUCAUUGGAGCAAAAAUGAGGACAUACCUUCUGGAGAAGUCAAGAGUUGUCUUCCAGGCCUCAUCAGAGAGAAACUACCAUAUCUUCUAUCAGCUGUGUGCCUCCAGAGAGCUUCCUGAGAUGAGAGCACUCAAACUGGAUGCACCUGAGCAUUUCUACUACACCAACCAGGGAGGAGAGAUGCUGAUACCUGGCACUGAUGAUGCGUCAGACCUGGAGCGCACUCGCAAUGCUUUUAUCAUUCUGGGUGUGCAGCCUGACCAGCAGAUGGAGCUUUUCAGGAUCCUUUCAGCUGUUCUUCACUUGGGAAAUGUCAACAUCCAAUCCAGUGGGAGAAACUCAGAUAAGAGUUACAUUGAUACAGGUGACCGCUCUCUGGCUGUCUUUUCCAAACUACUUGGAGUUGAAGGACCACAGAUGGCUCACUGGCUGUGUCACCGCAGAUUGACAGUAGGGGGAGAGAUGCUGGUCAAACCCAGGUCUGGGCAGCAGGCUGUAGAGGCCAGAGAUGCUCUGGCUAAACACAUCUAUGGUCAGUUGUUUUCAUGGACUGUGCACAGGCUCAACUCUGCACUCCGCUCCCAGAGUGGACAGACAAAAUCCUUUAUUGGGGUGCUGGAUAUUUAUGGGUUUGAGACCUUUGAUCGGAACAGUUUUGAGCAGUUCUGUAUAAAUUAUGCAAAUGAAAAGCUACAGCAGCAGUUCAACAGGCAUGUGUUCCACUUGGAGCAGGAGGAGUAUAUACGAGAGGAACUGGCCUGGAGCAGGAUUGAGUUCAGUGACAAUCAGCCGUGCAUCAACCUCAUAGAAGGACAACUGGGGCUGUUAGAUCUGUUAGAUGAAGAAUGCAGGAUGCCUAAAGGCUCAGCUGAGAGCUGGGUGCAAAAGCUGUACGACCAGCACCUGAGCAGCAGACCUCACCCUCACUUCCAGAAACCUCGCAUGUCAAACACGGCUUUCAUCAUUCUGCACUUUGCUGACACGGUUCAGUAUGAAUGUGACGGCUUUUUAGACAAGAACCGAGACACAGUCUUUGAGGAGCUCGUCAACAUUCUGAAAGCAAGUCAGUCUGAGCUUGUGGCUGAGUUGUUUCAGCAGCAGGAGAACACGAGGUCUGCUGUGGCCAAUGGAAGCGUUCGCUCAGGGAAAAGAUCCACCAGAGAACACAAACUCACCGUGGGCUUCCAGUUCCGUCAGUCCUUACAGAUGCUGAUGGACACCCUGAACAGCACCACUCCUCACUAUGUCCGCUGCAUUAAACCCAAUGAUCUCAAACAGCCAUUUAUGUUUGACCCCAAGAGGAUAGUCCAACAGCUGAGAGCGUGUGGAGUGUUGGAGACUAUUCGUAUCAGUGCUGCAGGUUUUCCAUCCAGGUGGACAUAUGAGGAAUUCUUCAGCAGGUACCGUGUUCUUCUCCGAGGGUCUCAGAGUCAACAAGAGGCCCAGGCCUUGUGCAGAGGGACCCUCCCUCAGGUCAUCACCGACCCGGACCAGUACUGCUUUGGGAAAACUAAAGUAUUCUUCAGAGCCGGUCAGGUGGCUCUCCUGGAGAGGCUAAGAGGCGAGAGGCUACAUGUGGCUGCAGUGAGCAUCCAGAGCCGGGUCAGAGGAUGGCUGUCACGGAUCAGAUACAACAAAAUCCUCCGGGCAACUGUCACCAUACAGAGAUACAGCAGAGGAGCUUUGGCCAGACGACUGGCCCUGACCCUGCGCUACACCAAGGCUGCAUUAGUGAUCCAGAAGACCUUCCGCAUGGUGAUGGUCCGACAGUUGUUCCUCUUGAUUCGUCAGGCAACUAUCACCAUCCAGGCCUUCACUCGGGGAACACUGGCGCGUUGCAGAUGCAGACUGCUGGUGGCAGAGCGUGCUGCAGUGUUGCUUCAGGCAAGAGUGCGUGGCUGGUUGGCGAGGAAGGAAUACGUGCGUGUGCGUGCGGCCGUGGUUUUUAUGCAGUGCUGCGUGCGCCGCAGAGCUGCCAGGACACAACUGCUGAAACUGAAGACCGAGGCUCGCUCAGUGGAGAAAUACAGGGAGCUCAACAAGGGCAUGGAAGUGAAACUGAUGCAGCUGCAGUUACGAGCAGAUCAGGCGGCCAGAGAGAGCGCUGCUUUGAGAGAGAACCAGUGUGCAGAGCGAGUGGCCUUCAAUGCUGAGCUGGAGGCUCUGAGGGUGAAGAUUCAGAAACUGGAGAGUCAAAAACAGGAGCAAUCCCAGCCAUGCUCAGACAUCAGUGAGAAGGAAGAGGAGAAAAGGAGGAGAGCUGAGGAAAAAGCUGCGCAGGAGAUUCUUCAACUCACUCAACAGUUGCAGACCCUGCAGAGAGAAAAGGACAGUUUUCACACAGAGAGAGAGGAACUCUCUGCUCAGUUACUUGAACAAGAAAAAGCACAAGAAGAGUGUGUGAAUCAGGCUGUGACUCAGGCAAGUGCAGCUCUGACGGCGGAGCUGGACGAAGAGAGGCGAAGGUACCAGUGUCUCCUGAGGGAGUACACCAGGCUGGAGCAGAGAUAUGACAACCUCAGAGAGAUGAGUCUUCUCACCAAGAACCCCAAAGGCCACACAAGGACAGACUCCUCCCAAAGUCUGUGCCCGGAGCCUCUCUCUCCCUCACCUUCCAUGCUGUCACUCCAGUCUCUCACUCCUCUCUCCCUGUCACCCGUCCCAUCUGCUUUGCCUUCUCCGGAGGAGGUGCGGAGGGUCAGCGUAACGUCUCCGCGCUUUGAGAGGAGCUUCUCAGUGGGGAGCCAAGAAACACCGAUGGAGCAGUUAAUGGAGAAGAUGAAUGUGUCCAAAGACCCCACAGUGAAGAUGAGAGGCGAGGACCUGGCUCAUGCCUACGACGCUGUGCGAGUGGCCAACAAGUUUCUGGAGAGUCAGUUGCGUAAGCAGCGCAGCCAGUGGGAGGAGGAGACGGAGGCUCUGAGGAACCAGCUCACACAGGCAGUGUCUGCUUCCUCCUCCACUGCACAGCAGCAGUGUCAGCAGGAGCUUCUCGAGGCCAGAGAGCAGGAGUGUGUCAGGCUGAGGAGAGAACUGAAGGAGCUCAGGAGCACAUCGUCACUCAGACAACUUCUCACCCAAACUUUGAUCCCAGACAUUCAAUCUCUGUCGUCGUCCUUGUCCUCGUCUCGACCAAAGGCAGCAGCAGUCUCUGGUUUACUGGAAUGUAGGAGGAGAGAUGAAACAAAGUUAAUCAAGAACCUCAUCACAGACAUCCGCGUUGACAGCGCCCUGACUCUGCCUCCUGGUCUGCCUGCCAGCGUGCUUUUCCUGUGUGUCCGCCAGGCUGACUGCAGCAGAGACCAAAGUCAGGUUCACUUGCUCUGCAGCGCCGCUGUCACUGCAAUGAAGGCAGCUCUGAAGAAACAUGGCAACAACGUAGACAUGACAGCUCUGUGGCUGAAAAACGCUUGUGUGAUGCACGACCUGUUGACUCAGCAUUCCCAGACCCUUGACUCAGACAAAGUGAUUCCACUGACGACUGACCUGAGUGACCUGAUUCACACCCUGAGUAACCUUCGUAUCCAGGCUUAUCAGCAGCUCCUCUCCAUCACAGAGACGCGCCUGCAGAACAUCAUAGUUCCUGCCCUGUUAGAGUCUGAAACCAUCCCAGGUCUGUCUGGCUCAGCGGUGAAGUUGGCAUCAUCCAGAAGGCGUUCAGGCUCGGAUCCCAGGACACUGGCUGGUGUUCCUCACACAAUGACACUGAUGUUGAGGGAGUUGGAAGCCCUUUACUCCACCAUGUCCUGCCAGGCUCUGCCCUCCACACUGAUGGGACAGGCCUUUCACCAGCUCACCUACUUCAUCUCUGCCUCUGGUCUCAACAACCUGCUGCUGCGGAAAGACAUGUGCUGCUGGAGUCGUGGCAUGCAAAUACGCUAUAACGUGAGCCUGCUGGAGGACUGGCUGCGUAGCCGCGAUGUGCAGGCAGGGGGCGCUGUGGCCACACUGGAGCCUCUCAUCCAGGCCGUUCAGUUGCUGCAGGCAGGGAAAAAAACUGACGAUGACGCUCAGGCCCUCGUCCACACCUGCACUGCUCUGUCCAGCCAGCAGAUAUUGAAGAUUCUGAGCCUCUACACUCCCCACAGUGACCAUGAUGAAAGAGUUUCACUCAAUUUCAUCCGUACCGUGCAGGGGCUUCUCAAAAGCCAUUCUGACGGUCAGCCUCCUCUGCUCCACAUGGACGUGAGGCGAGUGUUUCCUGUCAGCUUCCCUUACUCUCCUCCUGCUACCCUUCACGCUGACCACUUAAUCAUCCCAGACUCCCUGAAGAUCUCCUUCCUACGCAGAGUCUAGAGAACAGUGCGACCGACCUUUUUAGAUUUAGUGUAAUUAAAUAUCUCCCAGGAUGUGCCUUGAAUUUGAUUCAGAAUUGAUUCAUUUGUGAACUGUUGAGGGGAUCAGUGGUCAAGUUGGCUUGAAUGUUAAAGUAAUAUGAUAUAAAUCAGCAUGGGACGAAAUAGUCAAUUUUCUUGGCUUGUGAGAAUUUUAAUUUAAAAAAUACGACGCGCUGCACCUUUCUGCAUGGAGUUUGCAUGUUCUCCACGUGUGUGUGUGUGGGUUUUCUCCCACAGUCUAAAAACAUGCAAUAUGGGGAUUAGGUAAAUUGGACACUCAAAUUG